AUGCAAUGGCCCUGGUCUACCAGUGACAAGCCGCCUGCAUGGCUGGCCUUUCGGUCCUCCUCGGCGCUCAUUACAGUCACUGUCAGCUUUGCCGUCUUCACAGAUGUCUUUCUUUAUGCCGUCGUUGUUCCUGUUAUUCCAUUCACGCUGGAAUCUCGCAUUGGUGUCGCUUCCAAUAGAGUCCAGUAUUGGGUCUCGGUUUCUCUCGCCGUGUUUGCCGUAUCUCUCUUUGUCUCAUCCCCAAUAUGGGGCUGGAUGGCCGAUCGAUACCAAAAUCGCCGUUUCCCAAUGCUCGUUGGUCUCCUUUGGCUUCUCGCAGCCACGCUACUUCUCUGUUUCAGCACCAACAUUGCCAUGCUGCUCGUAGCCCGUAUACUGCAGGGCAUGUCCGCGGCCAUGACUUGGAGUGUCGGUCUCGCGCUCCUCAUCGACAGUGUCGAUAAGAAGCAUGUCGGUCGGUCUGCCGGCUACACGAGCACGGCCCUGACACUCGGUAUUCUUCUUGGGCCACUCAUAGGCGGCAUUGUUUACGACAGAGCCGGCAACUACGCCGUCUUUGCUAUCUGUUUCGGCCUGAUCGGCAUCGAUAUUGUCCUGCGCCUGAUCAUCGUCGAAGUUAAAGACGCGAGAAAGUGGACAUCUCCGGAACCAGAACCUGCAGCAACCCCCGAGUUCGCCGCGACGAAGACGGCAGGCGAAGUCGGCGCAGAGCAGGACGCCACCGUCACAGACCCAACAUCUUCCACCAGCCAGGCCACCAGGGAACCCGCGGCACUCGAGGACGGUGUUGGUGGCAAUGGGAGAGGACGGUCAAAGGGCAAAUUUUCAAUUGCUGGACAAAAUGGAAUAUUGGGACUCUUGAAGAAACGGCGCAUGCUCUGUGCGUUGUUUGGCGUCAUCAUCCAGUCCACCACGCAAACGUCCUUUGACGCCAUUAUGCCGCUCGAAGUCCACGACCUCUUCAACUGGAACUCCCUUGGCGGCGGUCUGAUCUUCCUUCCCGUCAUCCUUCCCUCCUUUCUCGGCCCAGUGGUCGGCAGCCUCAGCGACAAGUACGGCCCUCGCUGGUUCGCGGCCGGCGGGUUCCUCCUAUCCGUGCCCUUUUUCGUAUGCUUCCGCUUCGUGACGGAAAACACCAUCAACCACAAGGUCAUGCUGUGUGGGCUUCUGGUCGCCAUUGGCAUCGGCGAAGCGCUCCAGGUGGCGCCGCUCAUGGCUGAGAUUUCGUGGGCGGCCGAGGAAGGGCGGGACGACGACGAGGCGGGCGCCGUGCCGUACGCGCAGGCCUACGCGCUGUACAACAUCUCCUUUGCGGCAGGCGCCAUCAUCGGCCCGCUGCUGUCGGGCAUGGUGCGCGAGAGCGCGGGCUUCGGCACCGUGGGCUGGGCGCUGGCGAUCCUCAGCGGUUUCACGGCGCUGGUCAUGCUGAAUUGGGUGGGUGGCGCGCCGCUGUACAGAUUUAGAGAGGGCAUGAAGCGGAAUAGCUCAAAGGAGACUGUCGAUUCGAGGACAACGGCAACUCUGAGCACGGAAGGCGGGCAGUCGAACGAUGGCAGGGAGAAGCCUCGGACAGAGACCGCGGCGUAG